AUGCCAGGCCCGGAACUACCUUCUACUCUGCACCCAACCUUACAACCCGUUUUGCGAUCCGUUUCGUAUAUAGCGACGAUCCGUUUUCAAGAUCCGGGUUUUCACCAACAUUGCACUUCUCACUGCACUCACCACACAAACAUCGCGGGAAAACGCAAUACUGUUAGCAUCAUCCGUAACUUUCCAAAUCCCUUGCAGAAAUUGUGGUUUUCCCCCGUCUCUAAUUUCUAUCCGAACAAUACCGGAGCAUUUCGCGGGAAACUAAACCGCUCCACCCCGGAAACAUUAUCACGACCCUGUCACCACACGACCCUGUCACCACACCACCGAUACGGAUGUUGUGGUGCGGGCUUUUGUUCUGUAGUUUUCAAUCCCGUUCCCGGUCGAAGCCAGAUCACUUUUUCCCACCACGACGCCCAAGACCAAAGUGAGAAAAAAUGUUUAUACACGCAUCAACGUCAGCAGGUGUCAUUGAGUAGUGAAUACCGUGCCAAGCAACAAACAACAAAAAAAACCUGA